UUGUACCGCUUGCCUACUGCAAUUUGUUUUUGCAUGUCGAUUUGUUAUAUUCUUGAUGGUGAAAUCAUAAUAAAAGCGCCAUGGACAUCUCCAGCACCAUAAAAUUUCGUGACAUAUGCACAAUGAUGGAGCGAGUUAAGGUGGCCAAAAAUAUGCAGCGCAAGGAGCUCAUUCUAAAGCGCUAUUACGACUCCUUCUGCAAACAUCGGGAGACAUUCCGACUGAGUGCAGGUCUGACGGCGAACCAGCUAGAGGACGGUGCCAGCAGUUUUUAUCCGGUGCUGCGUCUCUUAAUACCUGGCGCGGACACCUCACGCGACAACUACGGCCUGCAGAUAACCGCCCUGGGACGACUCUACACGCGCGUCCUGCAGCUAGCCAAAGAUUCUGAUGAUGCGAUACGGCUGCAGCAUCGUACUGUGUCUACGUUCCGUGACUAUGCUGAUGUGGUGCAUGCUGUGCUGCUGCCUCGCUGUCACAAUGAGCCCAGCAACCUGACGCUCAAGCAAAUCCAUGAAAUGCUCGACAUUAUUGCCAGCGAGGACACAACUGUAAAGGAACGCGAAUUGAUACGCUUUACGGAGCUGGCCUCCGCCCAGGAGCAAAAGUGGCUGAUACGCAUUCUGCUCAAGUCAAUGGGCUUGGGCAUUGGCGAGCAGCGAAUCUUCGGCUUGCUGCAUCCCUUGGCGAAGGACGUGUACCAGCGCUGCUCAGAUCUGGCACGCAUUUGUGUGCUGCUCGCGGACAAUAAGCUUUUGCCGGAGGCACCGACUGGCAACAUCGGCAGCAGCAGCAGCAGCGGCGGCAGCAACGCAGUCACAAAAUUAAACACGUUCAUUGAGCCCUUUCAUCAAAUAAGGCCAAUGUUGUGCGAAAGGUUUCCCGGCAAGAUCGAGGAGCUUAUGAAGUCGGAUGUGCUGUACUUAGAGACUAAAAUGGAUGGCGAACGUUUUCAGCUGCACUAUGCGCGCGGCCGAUUUAAAUAUAUAUCCCGCAAGGGCGCCGACUAUACCAAAAGUUUUGGUGACAGCUACGAGACCGGCACAUUGACACCUCAUCUGCGUCCACUGCUGCCCCUGGGCAUGGAGUCUAUAAUACUGGACGGCGAGAUGAUGAUCUGGGAUACGCAGCAGCUGCGCUAUCGCGAGAAGGGCGAAAACACAGAUGUGAAACAUCUAAAACCGGAGCGCAGCUGGCGGCCCUGCUUUGUGGUCUAUGAUCUGCUCUAUCUGAACGGGGAGAGCCUGCUGGAUAUGACGUACGCGCAGCGCACCUAUAAGCUGCAGGAGCUGAUCAGCGAACAGCAGGGCGUGCUGCAAAUAAUGAAGGGACAGAAAAUAAGUUCCCUAGAGCAUUUCAAUACGCUCUUCCAGCAGAUGCUUGACUCCAAUGCGGAGGGCAUUGUCCUUAAAAAGCAAAACUCAAUCUAUAAGCCCGGAGUGCGUGUAGGCGGCGGCUGGUACAAGGACAAAGCGGAUUAUAUCGAGGGUCUUAUAACCGAGUUCGAUGUGCUCAUCAUUGGUGGCUUUUACAAUCGCAAACGGACCUUCAUUGAAUCAUUUUUGCUGGGCGUGCUUAAGCCUGGCGGCGAAACGGAGCGUGACGAGGUGUACAGCAUUGGCUGUGUGGCCAAUAAUACGCGUCAGCGCACCGUGCUCCAUCAUGAGCUGAGGCCACAUUGGCACGAUGCGAGCACGGAGCCACCGCCGCUGUGGUAUCACUACAAGCCUAACGAAAAGGAGGGCUCACCCGACGUUUGGAUUCAGCCGGAGAAGUCCGUCAUAUUGCAGGUGAAGGCAGCGGAUUUGACACCCAAUGGCGCCUUCUAUACACCCAAGUCGCUGCACUUUCCGCGCACACAGCUCCUGCGCGAUGACAAGGUGUGGAACGAGUGCAUGACGCUGCAGGAGUAUACAGAACUGUGUCAGGGUCAGGGUGCCAUAAAGAAACUCAACAAGCGUCAGGCGAACCUAAAUGACUUUACCACGGAACGCAAGCGUAUAAAGUUGACGACGGCCGAACGCAACCGCCUCGGCUUGGCUGCCUAUGAGAAGCGUUAUGAUGUCCAGCCCUUGGCGAACAGCUCACAGCUGUUUGAGGGCUUCAGCUUUUGCAUAUUGAGCGGCACACGCGGAUACAGCAAACAGCAGCUACAAACACUGGCCGCUGAGAACGGCGGCACCAUUGUCCAGAAUCCAUUGCCCAACGAUCCGAAGUGCAUUUGCAUAGCCGGUGAUCUUGUCUAUUUGGUGGAGCGUCUGAUGCAGCAACAGCCGCGCUGCAAUGACAUUUUACGCCUGGAUUGGCUGCUGCGUGUGUCCCAGAAACAGCAGAUCGAGCUGCGUCCCAGAGAUGUGCUGUCAGCCACCGAUGCGCUGCAGACGCAGUUCGACAAGAGUUUUGACAAGCUGGGUGAUAGCUUUACGGACCUGUUUGGCAGCCUGAACGAGCUACAGGAAGUGCUGCUGGAUAUAAGCGAAGUGCAAUUGGACUCUGUGCAUGUGGAUGAGCAUGAUUUGGACAAACUGGAGCAGCAACUGCUUGGCACUGCCAGUUACAACAUUUUUGCCAAGCACCAUGCCUGCUUUUAUAAUCGCGAUGCAGAUGAGCUGGCGAGGCUGCUCUUUAUCCAGCGUGGCGGGCAGCUAGUUAGCGAAACAGAGCUUCAGAGCAUUAACCUUGUGCUUGUAUGUUCCAGCCGACUGAAUCGGCAGGAUUUUAAGCAAUGGUAUCAGGAGCAUUUCACUACGCAUCCCCCACAGGCUGUGAGCACGGAUUGGAUACGGCAAUCGCAUCGUGCACGUUGCGCUUUGCCUACCGCCGAGUUUCUGUUUAAAUUCUAGUUGGCUGGGCAGCAAUUGCCUGGCAUAUUUGUAAUCAUAGUAGCUCAUUUAUACAUAUUGUUAUUAUACCCUCCAAAUCGUUGUUAUACAAUCAAUAUAUUACCCAUUGUACUUAUA